AUGUCAGACAAGCCAACCGGUGAAGCCGUGGAGGACCACAAGGAGACCGGCGCUCCUCUGAACAAUGUCCCCUCGUACGAGAAUGACAAGGCAGAGAUAUCCCACAACCUGAACCACGUCGAACUUCUCGGUCUACCCAAUGCCGCGGAACUGGAGAAGAAGAUCGUGCGGAAGCUGGACAUGUGGAUGCUUCCCCAGCUGUGGAUCCUCUACAUGUUCAACUACCUCAACAGGACGAACAUUGCUCAGGCUCGACUUAACACGUUCAAUGAAGAUCUUAACCUCAAGGAUGGAGACUAUCAGACUGCUGUCGCUAUUCUGACUGUUGGGUACAUGUGUGCUCAAUUGCCCUCCAACAUGUUGAUCACCCGCGUUAGACCUUCUAUCUUCCUUCCUGUCGCUGCAUUUAUCUGGUCAGCUAUUUCAGCCUUGACUGUCGUCUGCACCAGUGCCGGUGGUCUGUGGGCUGUUCAAUUCGUCCUCGGCAUCGUCGAGGCACCUCUCUUCCCUGGUGCCGUCUUUCUGAUGUCCUGCUGGUACACCCGUCGCGAAUUCGCCCUCCGCGUAGCCCUCCUCUACUCCGGUCUCGUCCUCGCCCAAGCCUUCUCAGGCCUCAUCGCAGCUGGUGUCUUUGCCGGUCUCGAUGGCCCUAUGGGUCUUGCAGGUUGGCAGUGGCUCUUUAUCCUCGAGGGCGCUGGUAGUGGUUUCUUUGCCAUCACUGCUUACUUUGUCCUGCCCAACUACCCGGACUCUCCUACCGGUGGUGCUGUGCGAUACAUGACUGAGGAUAUGCGAAAGCUUGCUGCUGCGCGAAUCCUCGAUGAUAGAGUUGAGAUCUCGGAGAAGUCUAGUGUUUUCCAGGGACUCAAGCUUGCUGUUACGGAUCUCAAGCUAUACAUGUUCCUGUUUAUGAACAUCUUCAUCACCUCCUCUUACGGGUUCAACAACUUCUUCCCCACGAUUGUCAAUGGACUAGGCUUCGGCUCUAGAGUCACUUCCCUUCUGAUGACCGCCCCUCCCUACGUGUUGGGAACUAUAUGCACCUUCUUCGUCGCAUGGGAUUCGGAUCGCCGCCAAGAACGAGGUCUCCAUAUCAUCAUCCCCCUUUGUUGCUCCGUAGUCGGCUUCAUCGUCACCGUCUCAACCGGCAACGCCGCAGUUCGAUACGCCAUGACCUUCCUCUACGCAGCUGGAUGUUUCUCCGCCAACACCCUGCAAUACACUUGGGCUGUAUCAACCAUGGGCCAGACGCCAGAGAAGCGAGCAGCCGGUGGCGCGAUUGUCAACAUCUUUGGCCAUCUGGGUAAUGUCAUUUCGCCUUACUUCUUCCCGGAUAAGGAUCAGCCCCGGUACACUAUGGCUAUGAUCCUGCAGAUUGCUUUUGCGAGUCUGGGUAUUUGUCUGGCAGCUAUUAUCAAGUGGCACUUGACGAGGAAGAACAAGACGAUCCGUGCUGAUGCUGAUCGUCUGGGUGUUGCCUACAACCCUUUCACUACUUAG